AUGAUUGCUUCAUUGAUCCUCUGUUGUUGUUUGGCUGCUCCGACCCUCUCCUUCGUUCCCGUUGCAACGGUUGUUUUCCCCCUUGGAGUCGGAAGCAGUUCCUCGUCGUCGCAGCUUCGAUUUGUCAAUGAGGGCCAUCCCCAGGAUGAGGUUUUCGCUGUCACCGAUUCCAAAACAGAAAUGCCCUUUCCUUGGAAGUGUCUCGACAUCAAUAAGGAUGGUAAAGUAGACUUUCACGAUCUCGCCUUUAUUGUCACGACUGCACUAGACGCCAACCAAGACGGUUUGGUAGAUGAAAAACAUGUCCAAGCCGCUCUUUCCGUGUCGCUAUUGUUGUGGAUGCUCAUGGUCUCUCCUGUUCAAGCCAAGGGAGGCGGUGGUGGUCAUGGCGGCGGCGGUGGUGGUCACAGUCACUACAGCGGCUCAAUGUCAACCUUCGACCAACCCGAGUAUGAUCCAUAUCGUCGACCUAACCGUCGCGAGGCCAACCGCAUGGUCCAGCUUCGACCUUUCGAUCCUAAUGCCUGCGCCGAUCUCCCCGUCGAAGGUGAGGUGGUGGACGUUCUGGUCGACGACUGGCGCGGGAACUACGUACCUGGAGUUGUCAAUGAUGUCCAAGAGGGUUCGUGCAGUUUCAAGACCGAUAUGGUAGGUGGUGGCAAAGUCUUUCAGUAUCCAGCAUCCAGGCGAUUGACAAGCAACCGCAACUGGCAGAACUGGGUCGCUCCCAGUAUCGUGGCGGGAGCAGUCGGGUUUGUCGGGCUGAUUGCCUUGGAAGAAGAGUGGAAUUCUGAAUGGGAGAGAAACUUUGACGACGAGUUCUUGCAAAGUACAGGCGGAGAGACCAAAGCUGCGGCAACAGAGAUCGAAACGUUCCCGCCACCAUGCAGUGGUUCCUACGUUGGCACUACACGCGAAUCUGACGGCAUGAACCAGCAGGUCCAAUCCGAUUUGAAGUUCUACUCUGACGGAGAGAUCUCCGGAGAUGGAUUCGAUUCUGAAGAUGGGCGAUAUUCUGUGUCGGGGGCUUGGAAGGAGAACAAAGUACGAUGGAUUGAAAGGUACGGGCUCCGGUUUUCUGUCACCGUACGAGGAGAAGUGCUCUCUGAUGGGAGCAUCCAAUGUCGCUUCACAUCUACGCGAAAUGUACGAGGAAAAUUCACAAUUCAGCAGAAGUAG